GGAAGCAGGAGCUGAGGACCCCGCUCCGUGAAAGAAGCGAGUGUGAUGGAAGUAGUUAGGUGCCCGGAGCACGGAACAAUCUGCUUUCUGAAGACUGGCGUCCGCGAUGGCCCCAAUAAAGGAAAGAGUUUUUAUGUGUGCCGGACCGACGCGUGCGCCUUCGUGCGGGCUACCGACGUCCCUGUUUCUCAUUGUUUAUUUCAUGAAGACUUUAUGGUAGAGCUUCAGGGUUUAUUUCCACCACAAGGCAAGAAAGAAUACAAAUUGUUCUUCCGAUGCAUUAAAAGUAAGGCAGAAGGGAAGCGUUGGUGUGGAAGUGUUCCAUGGCAGGAACCCAAUUCCCAAGAUCAUUUUCUAACCAGUAAGUCCCAGGAUGCAUCUGAGCCAUUUCAUCAUCCUUCCAUCCAGCAGAGAAACCCAUUCAAAGUACUUGACAAGAAUCAAGAACCAUCUCUCUGGAAACAGUUCAUCAAAGGUGAAGGUGAGGAAAAGACGGCUGAAAAGAAGGAAAGGGAAGAUCAUAUCUUCAAACAAAAGAAGGAACAGAAGCCUGAAUCUAAAUGCUGGGUAGAGAAAGAUCUCCCAUCCCACAUGUUGAUAAAGAAAGAACAAUCUGCAGACCAAGAGAGGAAGCAAGGGGAGAGAACAGAAGUUCAGUGUGAAGCAAAGGAGACUGAAGGCACACACGAAAGAAAUAUUUCUGAAAUUAAACCUCAACAGUGCCAUGGUAACGAGCUAAGAAAACCAUCUGUGUCUCCUAAGGAGAAAGCAAGUGGUGAGAGUCAUGAUAUCCAAAAAGAAUCAGAACCUCUGAGAGAAAAGGAAACCAAGUUUCUGUCUCUAAAUUUUCACAGUCAGAACCCAACAAGCAAGCCCCAGAAAGAGGGACACCACAGCAAGGAGCAUCCCAAGAACUGGGAACCUAGAGAAACCAAGGCAGAGGAUGGCCCAGGCAUGCAGACCAUCCCAAAGAGGCAACCCUCAUUGAGUUUCCAGGCGCAGUCAGAGCCUCCUGAUGUGCCUGCUCCAAAAGGGCCAGCCACACAGUCUUCACCACCAGCAGCAGGGCCUUUCCUCGGAGAGCAGCGAGACGCUGCCACAAGCAGUGAGGACAGUGAGGAUGAUGAUGUUUUUGUUGCCUCGAAGCCAAAGAACCCCCUUCAGUUUGACCUGACUCUGGAGUCACAGAAGAAGGAGAAUCUUAAAUUACUCGAUCAGGGUGGGCAAAGAGAAAUAUCUCCUGCUUCAGAUGUUUCCAAGAAGGUUGAACCUUCAGACCUGGCAGCCCAAUGUGUGUACCUUACAACCCAACUGAAAAAACAAAAGACCACACUGGCUUCGGUGAACAUCCAGUCUCUUCCAGAUAAGGGUCAGAGGUUGUUUGAGCAAAUUCAGAUGUUGGAGGAUGCACUCAAUGCUCUCAGCCUCUGCCCAGACCAAGGAACUAAUGUGAAGAGUAGCACUCAAGUCCCACAACAGAGUAGCUCCAUCAAAACUCCCACGGAGCCUCCUCACUUCGUACUACCCGACCCCCUGCAGGGUCGAGAUCCUCAGCCUUCAGGUUCUCUAGGACUGAAUGCUGCCUGCCAGGUCCCAGCUGCUUCAUCCAGUCAGUGCCACGGAGGCCGUACAAACCACAGUCACUUGCAUGCGGUGUGGAAAGUCACAAGUGAAGCCAUUGAUGAGCUGCAUCGAUCACUUGAGUCACGUCCUGGUGAGACAGUGGUGGCAGAAGAUCCAGCCGGGUUGAAGGUUCCUUUGCUUCUGCACCAAAAGCAGGCAUUAGCCUGGCUACUGUGGCGGGAAAGUCAGAAGCCACAAGGAGGAAUUUUGGCUGAUGAUAUGGGCUUAGGAAAAACCCUGACAAUGAUUGCACUCAUCCUGACCCAGAAGAAUCAAGAGAAAAACAAAGAAGAGGACAAAAACUUAUUUACAUGGCUUUCCAAAGAUGAGUCCUCUAUCUUUACUUCCCAUGGAACACUCAUUAUUUGCCCUGCUUCCUUAAUCCAUCAUUGGAAGAAGGAGGUAGAGAAACGUGUGAGCAACAGCAGACUGAGAGUUUAUCUCUAUCACGGGCCAAACCGGGACCAGUGCGCGAAAGCCCUUUCCACAUAUGACAUCGUGAUCACUACCUAUAGCCUUCUGGCCAAGGAGAUUCCCACAAAGAAGCAAGAGGGAGAGAUCCCAGGAACAAACCUCAUUGUGGAGAAAAUCUCAACACCUUUGCUUCGAAUAGUUUGGGGUCGAAUCAUAUUGGAUGAAGCUCACAAUAUUAAGAAUCCCCGAGUGCAGACAUCCAUAGCUGUGUGUAGGCUGCAAGCCCAUGCCCGCUGGGCUGUCACAGGGACCCCCAUUCAAAACAACUUGUUGGACAUGUAUUCGCUGCUGAAAUUUCUCCGUUGUUCUCCAUUUGAUGAGUUCCAUCUGUGGAAGAGUCAGGUUGACAAUGGCUCAAAGAAAGGAGGAGAACGGUUGAGCAUCUUAACCAAGAGCCUUUUGCUCAGGAGAACAAAAGAUCAGCUGGACCUCACCGGCAAACCCUUGGUGAUGCUGCCCCAGCGUAAAUUUCAGUCACACCAUUUAAAGCUUUCAGAAGAUGAACAGACUGUUUAUAAUGUCUUUUUUGCCAGAUCGAGGUCAGCUCUGCAGUCUUAUCUAACAAGACAUGCAAGUGGAUACAGCCAAUCUGGAAGAAGCCUUGAUAAUCCAUUCAGUAGAGCACUCUUGGAAGUGACACAGGAGUUUGGAUCCAGUGGGCCUGGCUGCCCUGUGGCCUUGGACUCUCAGACAUCCAGCACUGCCCACAUUUUGUCACAGUUGCUGAGACUCCGCCAGUGUUGCUGUCAUCUUUCUUUACUGAAGUCGGCCCUGGACCCCACAGAACUGAAGAGUGAAGGCCUUGUCCUGUCCCUGGAAGAGCAGCUCAGUGCUUUGACCUUGUCUGAACUCCAGAGCUCAGAGCCCUCUUCCACUGUGUCCCUUAAUGGCACAUGCUUCGAGGUGGAGCUUUUUGAAGAUACAAGAAAAAGCACUAAGAUAUCAUCUCUAUUGGCAGAAUUGGAAGCAAUCCAAAGAAAUUCAGGCUCCCAAAAGAGCGUCAUUGUCUCUCAGUGGACCUGCAUGCUCAAAGUUGUGGCAUUGCACCUUAAGAGGCAUGGACUGACCUACGCCACCAUCGAUGGCUCUGUCAACCCCAAACAGAGGAUGGACUUGGUAGAGGCAUUCAACAGCAAAUCCAGGGACCCUCAGGUUAUGCUAAUCUCUCUCUUGGCUGGAGGUGUUGGUCUGAACCUAACUGGAGGAAACCAUCUUUUUCUUCUGGACAUGCACUGGAAUCCAGCACUCGAAGAUCAAGCUUGUGACCGAAUUUAUCGAGUAGGGCAGGAGAAAGAUGUUGUCAUACACAGAUUUGUUUGUGAGGGAACAGUGGAAGAGAAGAUCUUACAGCUUCAAGAAAAAAAGAAAGAUUUGGCCAAGCAGGUCCUAUCAGGAACUGGAGAAUCUGUCACCAAACUCACCCUGGCUGACCUCAAAGUUCUUUUUGGCAUCUAACCUGCUUAUAGGGCUCAGAAUAGUGCCCCUGUUGGCUUGAAUCAGGAUCUGAAGAUAACAACCUAACCGGGAUCCCUGCACUCUGUUCUUGGCAUUCCAUUUCACUGUCAAGCCUUAUGUCCUCUUUAAAAUGAGACAUAAUCUUGCCCCCAGAAUUGAGGAUCAGGCAUCAUGUUAAUGAGUUGGUUGAGUGAUUUAAUGAUUGAGUGGUAUAGAAACCAAUAAAUUGUUUCAGAUAGAAGAAAAUACGCUGGUGUUAGAUGAUUUGGGACAACUCUGGAAGAGUUGUACGUAUGCUUUUGUAAAAGCUCAAAAAGCCCUCACCUUUCUGUUCUCAGCUGAUCAGGAAGCCAGUGUCAUUACCUGGGCUGCACACUGCCCCCCCCCCCCCCCAUUUCUUCUUGCCCCCGAGGCUGCUCCUGUAACCAUCUCUCUAUGGCGGGAGCAGAAUGCAGAUCCCUGCAGCAGCUCCUCUGCAGCUGUCUCAGUUCAGGCAGUUCUUCCUCUCAGUCUUAAGAUCAGGGUGAUGCUUUGUAUGUAAGCACGUGUUUAGUAUUCAUAUCACUGUAUCCUUUGAUAUUGUGUGAUUUAGUAUUUGUGUCAUUGUAUAAUUUGGUAGUUAUAUCUUUUAGUAUUAUUGUAUCACUUAGCAUUUCUGUUGCCUCAUUUAGUUUUUGCAUCAUACCAUUUAACACUUGUAUUAUUUAGUAUUUGUAGUGUCAUUUUUUAUAGUAUUUAAUUUGACAAAUUUUUGUAUUUUUACAAGCUUUGCAGCAUUUGUAUCAUUUUGUAUAUCACUUGGUAUUUCUAGGGUAUCAUUUAGUAUUUGUGUUAUCAUUGAUACCAUCUAAUAAAUAUGUGUUUAGCAAUGUA